GUAUAUUAAGACUAUGGAGGAGAAUCCGCAAGAACAUCAAAGCAUAUAAUUUGCCUCUGCGAUAGCUCAAUUGUCAUUAUUUAAUUGAAUUUUCCUUGGGGUAUUCAUUUUAUCCUCCGCAUUCUUUACUAGAGUUCUCCGGUUUUCUCCAGAUAAAGAAAAAAAAGGAAAAAUUCGACGUCAUCGUAUUCCUGACCCAGCUGCUGGUUUUUCUCGCUUCUUCCGAUUACCACGGCUACAUCCCCCCAAAGUCCCACGCUUUGGACAUCAACACAUUUCGAUCUCUUUUCGGUUAAUAAAGUCGAACUCCUCACCGCAAUGAAGCUCCUCACCAAGGAACAGGAAGAUGCGCACUACGAUGCUGUCGUCAAGGGUGGCUCGAUCGGCGGUGUCCUCGGCCUGAUCGGGGGAUACGCCGGUGUAGCACUUGCUUCUCGACGCUGGACAACCAUCCGAACUCUCACACUACCCAUGAAAGCCUUCCUCGUCACCUCUGCCGGCAGUUUUGCUGCCGUCAUCGCUGCCGAUAUCAGCUCGCGAGAUUUUGACUACAGCGUGCAUCAGGAAAAGCGCCUUGUCACCGAGAGACAGGAGCGCCUGCGGAACGAGCAAUGGGCGAGGAUGACGACGAUGGAGCGAGUCAUGGAUUUCGCUCGCAGGGAGAAGUAUAAGAUUAUCGGUGCCACUUGGGUUGCUAGCAUGAUUGGCUCGUUUGUUUUGGUGGGGAGAAAUCCGUACUUGAGUGGACAGCAGAAGAUCGUGCAGGCUCGUGUCUAUGCGCAGGGUCUGACACUGGCGGUGCUGUGUGCCUCCGCGGCUUUUGAGAUUCAUGACCAGAGACAGGGCAAAGGCGUCUUGGACGCUUUGAAGGCCAAAAAGGGCAAAGAGGGAAGCCAAGUAGCACAGGGCAGUGAGGAUUUAUGGAAGGACAUGGUUGACGCUGAGGAAGAGCGGAUGAAUCGCAAGAAGGAGAAGGCCGACCCCGGCCACUGAGCAAAAUUACGAAGACGGUCCCAUGCGUUCUCCUUUGGCAAUGUUACAACGUUGGUCUAGGCCACCUAAAUCACGAAUCUCUUGAGAAACCGCCUCCAGCUAACUGGUUUUCUCUACCCGCCGUCAUCACUUCAAUACAAAGAUCGCACCUAUCUCGACAGCUUGCUUUGAUUCUCCGCGCCGGCGAUGGAGACAGAAACCUGGUUGCCGACAAAAAUUUCUCUUAAUUUGUACAGUAUACGAAUUCACGACGCUUGCGAGCGCCACCGGUUUGGUCCGGUUUCAUACUCGACUACUCUCCUCUCAACCUUGCUCUCUUUCUACGGAAACGUCUCAAAUCGUUACCUGAUGAAUCUCUCCUUCCGACACAUCAUAACGGCGUUUUCGAGUUUAGUUUUGAGAAAGGGAUAUAUGGCGGGUUUGUUCUGUUUCUUU